GUAGCUCUUCAGUCCAUCGGACACCUCUCAGCUCUACACAGACCCAAUCCUCCGGAACCCUAUGUGGUCACUACCUGGAAUAAACUGGACUGAAAAUACUGGGCGUGUGAACCGCAUUAGCGUGUAUCACAUCGAACCUGGCGUGAACCUACCAGAUCUGGACCAGAUUCGAUUGGACUGGACUGGACCAAGUGUUACUGAGAGAAAGAGGAAGGAAUGGUCGGGAAACAAAGAUAAAUAAGUGCAAAGAUAGUUCGUAAUGUCUUAGAAAGUGGUGUUUGGUGAAUUAUCAGAGACUAGAGUACUGAUAUUUAACUAGUCUAUUGAUCUGUCAAUUAUAGUGUUGAUUAUAUUGUGGAUUGAUUGAUUAGCUGAUUGAUUUACACAUAUUGUAUACUAUGACAAGAUCUAAAAUAAGGAAGGAAGGAAGGAAAGGCACCCGGUAUUGUGUUGAAUUCACAGAGAGGGAGUGUUGUGGAUGUUCUUAUAUUUCUGUUUAUAUCGUGGGAAAGAUGAGAUGAUCACAGUGAGGUGUAGGAUUUCACUCUCAUCACUUCUACACACCUUCCUGACUCAGCAAGUUAGUCAUCUGAUUCACUUCAACGAUUCACAGUUUUAAAACACAUCAUGAACCGGAUAUCACAGAACAUCGAUUGGAAUUCUCUGUAGUUCCUGAAGGUGAUUUUAUCCAGAGAUUAUUCAGUCCUUCAGUCCCCCAAAAUGACGGCUCUUAAGAUGAUUGACGUUUACUAUUUGGACUGUAAAGGUGUACAGCGAUGCUCUAUCAAUGGCUAUCUGUCUGGAUUUUUGAGAACAACUGUGGAGGAAUGACAACAAAGUUCACCUUAGACCGCUCCUCACCACCAAAAUAAGUGGCCUUGGACUCAACCUCUAUUUUCCCACAGGUCAGAUCUAAAGAGAGCGUUUUUUUCCCCAUGUCUACCCACUUUUUAAUAUUUUCCAUUCCAUAAUCUUUGACAUUUUACAUCCAUUUUCUUGUCCAUUCUUUCAUGCUGCCCUGCUCGUUAUGUUAGCACCAGCUGAUAAGCUUAGCCAAGCCUCCAAGUACCUAGCCUACCUGACUGACUGGUGGAUAGCCUAGCAUCUAUUGUUCAACCACAGCGACUAUCACUAUCAUUAACCUUGCACCUGCUGGAGUCUUCCCCCUUCCCCCUCCCCCCCCCCUUUCCCCGGGCACCAGGCCUCUGUGUGUGGGCUUUCCCUCAGCGGGCUCCUCUCCCAGCCAUGGGGUUUCAGAUCCAGGGCAUGGAGCUGUUUGCCAUUGUUGUGGUCAUGAUCAUGUUUGUGGCUGUGCUCAAGGGCUUUGGCAUCCUGGAGCCCAUGUCCUCCUUUGAAGACAGUAGUGACAGUGAUUUGGAGCUGUCUAUAGUUCGUCACCAGCCAGAAGGCUUGGACCAGCUGCAGGUUCAGACCAAGUUCACCAAGAAGGAGCUCCAGUCACUAUACAGGGGCUUCAAGAAUGAGUGUCCGAGUGGUUUGGUUGAUGAAGAGACGUUCAAGACCAUCUAUUCUCAGUUCUUUCCCCAAGGAGACGCCACCACCUAUGCACAUUUCCUGUUCAAUGCGUUUGAUAUGGACAGAAAUGGCUCCAUUCGUUUUGAGGACUUUGUGAUUGGCCUGUCUGUUCUUCUGAGAGGGUCAGUCACAGAGAAACUCAACUGGGCCUUCAACCUGUAUGACAUCAACAAGGAUGGAUACAUCACUAAAGAGGAGAUGCUGGCUAUUAUGAAGUCCAUCUAUGAUAUGAUGGGCAGGUACACAUACCCAAGUGUACGGGAUGAGGCACCCUCUGAACAUGUGGAUAAGUUCUUCCAGAAAAUGGACAGAAACAGAGAUGGAGUGGUGACCAUUGAGGAGUUCAUUGAGACCUGUCAGAAGGACGAGAACAUCAUGAACUCCAUGCAGCUCUUUGAGAACGUGCUCUAGAGCCCAGCAGAACAUUCUACGUCAUUCUCCCAUCGUCCGAUCCCGUCCUCCUGUCUAUACACAACCCUUGUCCAAUCCCAUAAUAUACACGCACACACACACACACACGCACACACACACACACACACACACACACUCAAAUUAGUGCAUCCUAAUCUAGGAUGGCUAAUCCACAGAUAUGUACUAGCAGAGUUCAUUUACUGCUGCACUAGUUUCAACCUGCCACUGCUUGUGGACUAAAGAGCGCACUAGAGAAAGAAAAGAGGAGAGAAGAGAGCUACUGGGACUUCUUCUACUUUACAACUUGUCAGCUUCCCAAAGAAAGGAGAAAGGACCAAACUGCUCAACACUGAUGAUCCAAGGAGCUUCUAGAACUCUACCUUCUCAAUGGACCAAAAAGACAAAUGACUAAUCAAAAGAUGGAGAGAGAAUAUGAGAGUGGCAAUUGUGUAAACUCAUCAUGAUAUUGCUGACCUCCAGACCAGGAUCCUGUAGCUAUAACACAUAAGUACACUUACACAGCACUUACACAUACUAUAUGGGGAUGCACUGACACACUUCUUUGAAGAGUGUUUAAGAGAGUUGAUGUAGCGUGCAGCAAGUUGGAUUGAUCCUGGGCAAGGACACCAGCACCAAACACCACAGAGACACUAAGAACUGAAGCAUGCGCUUGCACUAAGAAUCAUUCAUAUUCUACAAUAUGCACCAGAAGAGAAUGCAUUGUAAAUGUAGAUAGUCACAGUAGACCACUAAAAGAAAACUCAGUGUGUAUGUAGAUAUGUAUAGACAGUAAUAUAUAAUAAUAACAUAAAUAAAGUUAGACGUUGUGCUCUCCUCUGUACUGCUCUAUUGGUAGUAAGUAGUAGGUGGGGUUAAGGUUAAGGCCAAACAAAAUCUAUGGGCAGGUUUUCUUAACACUUACAGAAUACUAAUUGAUGGAAUUGUAGCCUUACAUGUUUAGUAUGUCUUUUUGGAUCAUUUGAUCGUACAGGUAUUUUGUUUCAUUUCAAGUCAGUUCUGGAGUUUUGAGUUACCCCUACGGGCGGUGGGCUCUAACCCUACUGGUUGCGUCUGGCCAUAGUUCUAGGUAACACAGGGAGGGUCACUGGUUCUGUUCUGUCACCAACUGACCAGCGAGUCACCAACGGAUAAGCAUGAGAUGUACAGUAUGUCAGUGCCUCCUUAUAAUGUGUGUAACAACAAGACAGAUAUACUAAGAUGUAUAUGUGUUAUAAACUAAAGCCAUCCUCAGAUUAAUACAGAGUAUACAGCUAUGGCUUGA